CAGAGCGCCGAGUGGGCGGGGCUCUCAGGAGGCGGGGCGGCCAGGUGACUGACGCCUGGCGGUGGAGCUCACACGGCCAGGCGACGGGCCUAAGCUAACCGACCCGGUGGUGUCGACCGGGAGCGCACGGGGUUCUGUCCAGCGGGCGAGUCGCCCUUUUCCAGCCGCCCGCAGUGGUAGCUCGUCCCGCCGGAGCCGGGGACUCGCGAGCGCAGCGUGUGGGAGACAGCGCGGCCCCUGGCGUCCCGGCCGUGCUCGGUCGCCCGGGGAACCACUGGGCUAAGCGAGGAGCAGCAGGCCUCGGGCCCGGGGACCCGAGGAGGAUGAGCUGGCUCUUUCCCCUGGCGAAGAACGCGUCGUCCUCCGCGGCCGGGUCCCCUGCCGGCCUCACCAGUCUCCAGCAGCAGAAGCAGCGGCUGAUCGAGUCACUCCGGAACUCCCAUUCCAGUAUAGCUGAAAUACAAAAAGAUGUGGAAUACAGAUUGCCUUUCACAGUAAACAACCUGACAAUUAACAUUAAUAUAUUACUUCCUCCACAGUUUCCUCAGGAAAAACCAGUGAUUAGUGUUUAUCCACCAAUAAGACAUCACUUAAUGGAUAGUCAAGGAUUAUAUGUUACCUCUCCAUUAGUAAGCAAUUUUACAAUGCACUCAGAUCUUGGAAAAAUUAUUCAAAGUCUUUUGGAUGAGUUCUGGAAGAAUCCUCCAGUUUUAGCUCCUACUUCAACAACAUUUCCAUACCUGUAUAGCAAUCCAGGUGGGAUGCCUCCAUACCCUUCUCAGGGGUUUCCAUUUCUUCCUUCAUAUCCUCCACAAGAAGCUAACAGGAGUAUCACACCUUUGUCUGUAGCUGACACUGUUUCUUCUUCAACCACAAGUUACACAGCAGCCAAGCCGGUGGCACCUUCUUUUGGCAUCAUUUCAAGUCUGCCAUUACCGGUUCCCACAACAGAAUCUUCAGCAUCGAUUAACCAAAAUGGUUUUGGUUAUAAGAUGCCGGAUAUUCCUGAUGCAUUUCCAGAACUUUCAGAACUAAGUGUGUCACAGCUCACAGAUAUGAAUGAACAGGAGGACGUAUUACUAGAACAGUUUCUGAUGUUGCCUCAACUAAAACAAAUCAUUACUGACAAGGAAGACCUAGUAAAAAGUAUUGAGGAAUUAGCAAGAAAAAAUCUCCUUCUGGAGAAUAGCUUGGAGACCAAAAGGCAGACUGUUUUAGAUAAGUAUGAAUUACUUAUACAAAUGAAGUCUACCUUCGAAAAGAAGAUGCAGAGGCAGCAUGAACUCAGCGAGAGUUGUAGUGCAAGUGCCCUACAGGCAAGAUUGAAAGUAGCUGCACAUGAAGCUGAGGAAGAGUCUGAUAAUAUUGCCGAAGAUUUCUUGGAGGGAAAAACUGAAAUAGAUGAUUUUCUCAAUAGCUUCAAGGAAAAGAGAACAAUUUGCCACUGUAGAAGAGCUAAAGAAGAGAAGCUUCACCAGGUGAUAGCGAUGCACAGCCAAUUUCAUGCUCCUCUCUAGAUUUUCCUGAAAAUAUCAACUACCAAGAAAGAAAUGGGACACAAACCUAAGCACAUUGUUUUCUGUUUAUGACUGAGGAAUUGGCAUUUCAUGACCAUGGCUGAGAUCCAGAUGCACUAUAGAUUGUAUAUGCACCUGAGACUGAUUUUGUAUAGAUUAGAAUGACUGCUAUAUUUGAGAAAAUUUUCUGCACUAUUUGCACUAAAGAUGUUUAUUGUUGACAAAUCCUGUAUUUAAGUUCCUCUGCUAUUCCUGAUUAAACAUCUAUGCAUGUAAUUAUAGCUAAUUUUUAAUAUUUUAUAAAAACUACUGAUUUGCAUUUUUAGUUUUAACUUGAAGCUGCUCAUUUAUCAAGUGUGCUUACUACUUAGAUUCUUUUCCUGUCAGCCUUCUUUCAAAAACCUAUUUUCAGCUGUGGAAAAGUCAUCUAGCCUACCCUCUGACACACACACACACACAUACACACACACACAACUUUCUUUCUAGAUGAUGAAAUUGUCCAGAGCAGUUUGUUUUCAGAAAGUCGGUGUCAGGAAACAGCAGUCCUGCUGAGGUGCUGUCUCAAGAAAGGAAGCUGCACUACCUGCAGUAAACAAGUGUGAAGAGUCUACUUUCUUACAGCUUCACCUUCAGACUGAAGAUACAUGGAGGGAGCAAUACAGGUCCAUACAUUGGCUUUAUUUUGUUCUGGAACAGGGUCGUACUGUGUAGCCCAGUCUAGCCUCAAACUUGUACUUCUCCUCCCUGAGUACAGGGUUAUAGACAGGUGCCAUUCAUCUCAUAGAUAGAUAUUUUACUUAGUUUUAAAACUGCCUUUCACUUAAACCAGUACAAUACAGACUUUCAUGCUAACUAAAAAAAUAAGUAUUUAUGGGUUUUGGUUAAAUGAUACUCCUUUUAUAUUCCAAAUGUAAAAACAAAAAAAAAAAAAAAAACCCUUUUGUUAAGAAAUGGUAAAUCUAGAGAAAAAUAGUAAAAUUUUAAUACUUUGACUUAACCUUUUUAAAUUUUUUUUCCUAAGAAAGCUUUAUAAUAACAAUAUUGUCUUGAUUUUUAAUGAAUUUAAUUUUCUAAUUGUAGAUGUAUUCAGCAAUUUGUUUCUGUAUUUUGUCACAGCAAAAGAGAGUGAGUGACUACAUAUGUGAGGUUGGUAAGGUAGGAUCUAAAUCACUAAGUACCUAACACAUGGCUGCUCAGGUUUUAUCCGUGACUGUCAUUCCAAAGCCUGCAUUCAUUAUGCAUUGUCUUGUCUUCAUUUUUACUCUACAUAUUUUUGGUAAUGGAGUUUUAAGAAAAUCAUAAAUAUUUUCUUAUUGAAAAUUUUUUUCAUGUUUGUGGAAGACAUAUUCAUGUGGACUGUGAAGAUCCAGUGCUGGCUAUACACCAUUAUAAAAGUGCCUGUCUUCCUGGCACUAUUGUUAAGGGUAUGCUAUUGAAUCCUCAGGCAGACAAAGGGUAAACCUGUUAUUCCUGAUACAGAUGUAGGUGAGAUAACAGAUGGAGUAAUGUUUCACAUUUGUGACCAACAAGGUGGCAUUCAGAGACUUCUGAGUGUUUGUGUUUAACAUUCCUAGCAGUCACUCUAGUCAGUAGAGAAUUUGCCAGUCACAGUCUAGUUGCUUUCUUAAAAACCAGGGAUAUCCCAGAACCAAGAGACAGGCAGACUGCAGGCCUUCUUAUUAACUAUCUGCUAAACAUCUCAGCAUUAUAGAAAGACUGCCCAGAGACAAUACAAGUGUGGAGACACACACAUACCCUACUUGCUCACCCAGGCCAGGGCAUGCUUUACUUUAAACUUGUAUUAUCCAAGGAAGUCACUUAAGGAAGCAUAAUUUCUCCUUAAAAGUUCAGAGAGCCUCUUUACAAUCCAGACAUUAAACCAAGACAUUUGACCACAAUUGCUUGCAUUUAACAAGUUGACAAACUAGUUCAGAAAUGUUUAUUACUUGUAGUGAAUAUGUGAAUAUGCCAAUGUGAAUUUACAUUUUUAUUUGCAGGAGACAGUACAUGGUUGUAAUUUUAUGGCCACAUUUCUUCUUUGUAAAAAUCGGCUACAGAUAUGAAUACCAAAGCACAUUCUUGGAUUUUACUUUAGUGUAUAAUAUGGAAGAUUAUAAAGGAAAGCUUAAGAAUCACUACCCAGGGUAGAUUUUAUCAAGGAUAUUUAAAGGUAUGUAGUAACAAAUCAGUAAAGUCAAAGUUGGGUGAAAACUUCAGAAUAAAGUAACAAAAUUAGAACAAAGGUUAUUUGACCACAGUUUACAUAUUUAAAUUGAAGGACAGCUAAGAGUCUGUUGUAGGAGAAAGAAGAAAAUUAAAGUUGUGCCUUCUGUUCUUUUAAGGCAGGAUUUCUAACCCAGACUGCGCUCUAACUUUGAUGUAGCUGAGGAUGACCUUGUCCUUCUGAUUGAUCCUCCACCUCCUAAGCAUGUAUCACCAACCCCAGUCCACGUGGAGCUCGGGAACUGAGCUCAGGGCUUCAUGCCUAUGAGGAAGGCACUCUUAUCUAUUGGCUCACCUGCAUCCUCUUAAGGAAUGAAAACCUGGGCUGGGAGGUGGCUCAGUGCUAACUUUGUGUCAUGCAAGCUUGAGGGACCUGAUUCAAAUCCUCAGGACUUAUAUAAAAACCUGGCACAUGGCAGAACAGGGCUAGGUCUGUAAUUCCAUUACUCCUACAGGAGAGGAGAAUGAGAGAAUCAUUGCGGGAAGCUUUGCAGACCAGUUUAUAUGGUGGGCAGAAUGGCAGCAAGCGAGGCCCUUGUUACAGACGUGGUGGAGGACAUGGUCCCACACCUGUUCCGUGCUCCUCUCACUUCAGCACUGAAGGUUUCUGGGAGAUUUUGUUUUGUUUUGUUUAAAUUGUCAAAUGACUUGCUCAAACAUGAUCAAAAUUCUUUAGUACUAUUAACUAAUAAAUCACUUGAGCUAUAACUAUUAAAGGUUGGGAAGUAAGUCUUGAAUCAGUUAUAUAUUGAAGCAUUCUCUGAAACACUACCUUAAAUAAUAAAAUACUUCACGACUGAAGCUUCAUUUAAGAUCAACAUGUAAUACUAGAGAUUUUUAGUUGAAUUGACCGUGAUUUAUCCCGGGACUCUGAAAGGCAGGCUACAGUAAACAUGUGUGUAGCUUCAGUAUUGAUUUGUAAAAAAAUAAAAUGACUCCAUAAACACAUACCUAAAUUAUGUCUUGUAAAAGGAUGAAGAGAACAAAAAGUGUGUGGCUCUGAUGCUGAAGGUGUCACAUUAAAAAAUAAAAAUUUAAAAUACAUACAUACUGCUUGUUUUUCCAAAUAUGUAGUCCAGUUUGGCAUAGAUGAUGUUUUUUCUUUUUUUUUGUUGACCUAUUGUCUACUAUAAAAAAAGAGGCAGCAGUAUUCUAAGAGCAGGUAUUAUUAAAAUGGUAAAACAGCCAGGCACAAUGACACACACCUUUAAUGCCAGCAGGCAGAUCCCUGAGUUUGAGGUCAGCCGGGGCUACAUAGUCAAAUGUUGUCUUAAAAAAAAGGAAAAAAAGAAAAGAAGUGAUUCAUGUUAUAAAGCUGCAAAAGCCAUUCCCACAAUAUUCCAUGUGUUUAUUAGCUAUUAGAUAUACUAUAGGAAAAUGAGUAAAUAUUCCUUAUGCUUAAUUGGAAAACUUUCCAACAGAAAAUGUCAGUUUAACAUCUAAAGGAAUAACACUUGCUUUAUUUUUGUAUUAACAAUAUUUUUAUAUUACAGGCCUUUAGUAUAUUAAAGUUCAUUCUGUCUUCAAAUGUGAAUACUAUUAUAUUGUGUAACAUUAUGUGAUGUGUGUGUAUGACUCACUAGGUUUUCAGCCUCUUGUCCUUUCUUAUUACUGUAUUUCUAUUUCCAAAAAAAAAAAUUGAAUACAUUAUCUGAUAAAAAUUUUCACACUUUAAAAAAUACUGUUAUAAAAAACUAAGAUUAAA